GCCGAGCACGGCGCAGGUUGCGGCUUCCUGCGCGCCCCUGGGGCUGGGUUCCUGGCGUCCCCGGGGCUCCCCGGCCCCGCGCUGGCUCUGGGUUCCUGGCGCUGCUGUUGCCCGGGACUCGCGGUGACUGUGGGCCCCUGCCAAAGCUGAAUUAUGCUAUCCCCUCUGAUAUGGAUCGGGCAGAGGGCUUCCCUGUUGACACACAAGUUGCAUACAGGUGCUGUGAUGGCUUUGUUAAUUCCCUGGAAAGUCAGACACUGUAAUGUGCCUUUCAAACUCACAAUGGUCAAACAUCAACGAGUUUUGUGGUCGUAGCUGUGGUGCCCCAACAAGGUUAAAGUUUGCUGCCUUAACUAAGGAAGAUGAGAGCAAGAAUUACCAUCCUGUUGGGGGCACUGUGAGAUAUACUUGUCGCCCAGGGUAUGAAAACAUCACGGAAAUGCUUCUUGUUCGUACUUGUCUUGAAAACUUAACAUGGUCAGAAGCCCCUGAGUUUUGUAGAAGGAAAUCAUGUGGUCAUCCAGGAGAACUACUCCAUGGCAGAGCUGUUCAUAUAACAGAAUUUCUAUAUGGUGCAAAAAUAGACUUCCUCUGUGAAGAUGGGUACAAACUGAUUGGGCGGACUUUCUUUCAAUGUAUGCUUAAGGGAGAUGAAGUUGAAUGGAGUCAACUUCCAACUUGCCAAGUGAUUACUUGUCCUUCCCCUCCUUACAUUGCCAAUGGGACAUACGAUGGCAGGGGUGUAGAAAAUUUUGCUUAUAACUCAACAGUAACUUACCGCUGUGACCCUGGGUUUCGGCUUAUUGGAGCUGCCUCCAUUCAUUGUACAACAAAAGAUAAAACAAGUGGAAUCUGGAGUGGACCUGCUCCUGAAUGCAAAGGUUCUAAUAAGGCAUCCAAUAACACGGUACUUGAGAAACAUAAGAAAAAGAGAAUAAAAAGACCGUAUUAUAUAUCACAAUUCCAAAACAAACAUUUCACCAUCACUUCCUCCCGUUCUUCCUCAUUUCCCAGAGGUGACCUGAGGACACGAGGUAGUUGGAUUACUCCACCACUGUUCAGAUUUGCUGUACCACUGUACAUUAAUCAGAACUAUUGUUCUGUCAGAACCAAGGAAAGAUCUAUUUGCCGCCAAAGUUACAUGGGGAUCUCUGGAGUAUUACCCAGCACCACGUGCUUUCAAAACUUAAAAUGGUCAGAAGUCCCAGGGUUCUGUGGAACGAGAUCUUUGCUAUCCAGGAGAACAAGAGCAUGGCAGAGCUGCUGCUAUAACCGUUUUCCAAUUCGGUGCAAGAGUGGCUUUCACCCGUGAAGAAGGGAGAGUAUCAGGCUGUGGAGAAUGACUUAGAGCUGCUGGCUGACUCUGGAAACUGAGCAUCAAAGGUGCAUGCUGCACCUCCACCUUGAAGUUGAAAUGGGCUUAGUCUUCUUCUGGUAAAUUGGACAGUACAGCUUGGUAGAGGGGAGCCUAGACACGUAUGAGAGAGCCCUUAAGAUCCCUGAAGAUUGCAGAAGAACUAUGCAAACAGAUAUUCUGAUGCUCCCAUGACAUUUUUACAAAGGACUUGUCACAUCCGAACACCUUUCUCUUCAUGUCUGAAACAUGAAAGAGCCCUGAAAAACCUGCCUGCCUUCAAUGUUAGAUAAUCUCGGAGCAGCUCAGUUGCCUCAUCCGUGCUGUACUCUUACUGCUAAUUUCCAAAUAUAAUAUUUGGUAUAAACUAAGGUAUUACGUGCUGCUUCCAUAUGUAUGGCUUGUUCCUGGGAUCUGUUAACUGAUAUUCAUGAGUUUUCUAUUUGAGUUGACUUUAAUUUCUUCUCUCUAUAUUGAGACUAGCCAUUAUCUUGGUAAGCAAAUAAAAACAUUUUUUAAGCUUUCAGUUUUUUUAAUAUUUCACUUUCUCAAUCUCAAACCAAUAUUGCCUUAAUUGUAGAAAGCCACUGUACGAUACUUGAAUUUCUGUGGGGUUGAAGUAGUUAUUUGCCUAUAAUGCCAUUGUCACGUUGUGCAGUCCAUACGUUUUAUAAAAAUAUAAGUGAAUGUAAUGUAACUGGGAUAUGCUUCAUGCAAAAGGUCUCUUGUAAGGUAUCAUUACAUAGCUCAUAAUCUACUG